CAAACCCCAUUUGAACUCAAUCCUCAACAAAAAGAGACAGAAUCUGACAAAAAUAGAGAGCUUACAAUCUGUAGAGAGAGAGAGAGAGAGAGAGAGAGAGAGAGAAGCUAAGCCAAAAUGGUAGCCAAGACUCCAUUGAAGGAGAAAAGGCUAGCGAUGGCGCUCAACCCCAAUCUCGUUCGAGAAACAGUAAACAAGGUUGACAAAUGUAUGGCUCGAUUGCAAGAGCUCCACUUCACAGUCACAGGCGGUUCGAAGCUCGUCAAUCUCAGCCCAAGGAGCACCAGAGGUUACCUCAAAACUAGCCUCAGGUGCAAGCAAGAAUCUUUAAGAUUAAAGAAUGCAACACCCAGAAAAUCUCCGUCGGGAAAGUUUCAAGGCAAUCUAAGUGGAGGGGAAUGGCGUCAGAUGUCGCUUCAAGCAAUGCUACUGGAUGAAACAGUAAUAGAGAUCUUAAAAACUAGCCAAUUCGCGAAGGAAAUUGUUGCGAAAAUACCCAAUUCAAAGCCAACGGCAUCAAACGAUCCCAAAACUCCAGUCCCCAUCAAAAGGCAAAGCAGGUGCGAAAACAUCGAAUUGAGAUCGAGAAGAUCCAAAGAGAAGCAAAGUCUUCAUCAUCGGCGACGCUCAGAAUUGGCAUCGCCUCCUGGUCUAACCCGUGCUAGAUCACGUAUCCAUUUCAAAUCAAACUCACCCCUCAACACUAAACCUGUAAUUUUAGCCAACAGGGUUUCUCCUAAAAACAGGCCCUGGGCUAAAAAAACAGUCCUCUUCCCAAACCCUCUCUUUUCGUCACCUUCAUCUUCGAACCCAAAGAAAUUCUAUAAGACGAGGUCUCCGAUUAUUGCCAGAAAUACUAGUCAGCAGAAGACUCCGCAUAAGUUUUUGAUUAAGACGCCGCCAACUUCUUUGAGAUCGAAGAUGAUGAGUAAGAAGCUAGUGCCCACUCCUGUAGUGUUUAGUCCCGUGGAGAAGAAACUGGCAUCUGUGAAAAAAACUCGUAGGUGCUCAUUUUCGCCUUCGAAGUUGGCGAAUAGAUUGGUUUCACCUUUGAGAGGAAGGAUUUCGACGCAGAUGAACAGCAGCAGAGGGUUGAUGAGCGGAUUGAAGCAGAGGCCAAGUUUUAGUACUCCAGUGAAGAAGGUGCCUUCUAUUAAGAGGAUGUAACGGUAACUUUACUUUUGUGUGUUUUUGAAAUUCUUUUAUUUUACAUUGUGUUUGUUUAUAAGAGGGUAUAAGAUGAGCGUGCUGUAUUAAUUGGGUAAAUUGUAAGCUCUACAAUAACUUUCAGUCAUAUAUAAUCAGAACAUUUACAUA